ACUAAUGUUGCGUAUAUAUUGCACGCAUAAAAAUGUUAUAUGAAUUGAGCGUUAUGCACCAAGGGCUUAUUAUAAAUUCUGCUUUCGCUGUAUUAGAAAAAAACUGAGCAUCCAAAGAUGUGGUCUGGAAUUGAAAAGAUUUUAGAACAUGUCAGCAGCUACAGCAGCAAUGCCGGAAAACUGUGGUAUCUUCUCGUUUUUGUGUUUCGUUUGAUUGUCGUAGUAACAGUCGGACAGUCUGUUUAUAGUGAUGAACAGUCCGCAUUUCGGUGCAGUACAAAAGUAAUCGGCUGUGAUAAUGUUUGCUAUGACAGAUUUUCAAAAAUAUCGCACAUCAGAUUCUGGGCUUUCCAACUUCUUGCUGUAACGGCACCUUCUGUGGUUUUUCAUUUCUACAGCCUCAAUGUCGGUGCACGCAUUGAAAAAAUACGAAUGGCGGAAAAUGCCGCCGAUGAUGAUUCAAACGUUGGCCUUGAAGACAACAGCGUUUUUGGUAGUGUGAAAGCCGGACUCAAUCAAAGAGACCGCAAGAAGUUGCUGAGGCGAAGAAAAAGCGUGGGUGCAUUCAAGCAGAAGAAAGUAUUUGCAACACAUGCGAAUAACGCUUUAGUUGAUCUCACAAUAACGAGGAAUAUCAGAAUUGCCUACCUUACAAAUGUAUGCAUGCGAAUUGUUCUUGAAGCAUUAUCACUGUAUUGCGCUUACAGUCUCUUCCAUUUUACCGAUUACACAGUGAAAAAUGAUUACAAUCCAUUCGAAAUAAUUUUGAUCAGAGUUCCUCAAGUAUUCAGAUGCGAUGGUGAAAAUGUUGAAUGGGCUUGCGGUCAGCAUAUGUCUUUGGGAGAUCAAUCAGGAUAUGUUCCGUGCUGGGUAUCCCGACCUUGGGAGAAAACUAUAUUUAUGUGCUAUAUGAAUAUAUUGAGCGCAAUUUGCUUUCUUUUAUCAGUGAUUGAAUUUGUGCAACUCAGUUUUAAAUAUACAAAAAACUUUCGGAAAAAGAGACAAAGAAAGCCGCUAAUUUCAUUUAAUCACCAAGAAAGUAGAAUGGACGUACCAACUUUCCGCUCCGUAGAUGAGACAGACGGAGUGAGGAUGGAAUCAAACUUGACAUCUACGGAAAAAGAUAAAAUUCCAAACGGGAACGUACAAACCCAAUUUCAAACCCACCUUGUCCCAAUUAGAAAAGUAAUGAAUGAAAUGAAACCCCGGAAGAAGAGUCCGCAAGGAAAAAUUUCAAAAGGAAUAAAGGUAAAAAAGAAGAAGCGUAUUGGAAUAAGAGUCCAUGACCAGGAUGAUGAAAUAUCCGGCGGUUCCGAUGGAUACCACUCUAGUGAAUACGAAGAAACGGGAAGCGACGACGAAGAAGAAUCAUUAGCUUCUGUGUCUCAACCAGAAUCUGUUUAAUGGAAAAGCACACAGAUUUACCUAGUUGACAUUUUUCGGACAUCCCGGAGUAUUCGCACCAAGAUGGCGCACAACAGAACUCAGGUUGUGUACCAGAUUAGGGUUCAGGUUAUGCGACAUUUUGGUGCGCAUACUUCAGGAGCAUUCAUUUUUCAAAUAACGUUAUUUUUAUUUCCUUGUAGUUUUAUUCGUCAGCUAAGAAGUUCACUAUUACUCAUGUGAUUCCGGAUUGAUAAAUAUUUUACUCUUGAUUUAAAGUUCAUAAAAACUGACCCUAUUUCCAAACUCAUGAAAAACGAAAUUAUAGC